AUGGAGGAAGGUAAACUCUGCUUCCCAGAGGUCUAUAACUCCUCCUGCAGGAGGCUUAAUCUUCCUCACUUUGAGGUUGUCCUCAUAUACAUUGUGCUAUCCUCCAUUUCUGUCCUCACUGCAUUUCUUAACUUGAUGGUUAUCAUCUCAAUCUCACACUUCAGGCAGCUGCACACUUCUACCAACCUCCUACUCCUCUCAUUGGCAACCUCAGACUUUUCUGUGGGCCUCUUAUUGUUUUUUCAAACUGUGCUCAUAGACGGCUGCUGGUUCCUCGGUGACCUUAUGUGUACUGUGUAUCAAUAUUUAGCAUAUGUUAUCACCUCUGCAUCAAUAGGAACCAUGGUGCUUAUAUCUUUUGACCGAUAUGUUGCCAUUUGUUACCCUCUGCAUUAUUCUUCCAAAAUCACGCAAGGCAGAGUAAAGAUCUGCAUCCUCCUAUGCUGGAUCUGUUCUUGGAUAUUUCAAAGUCUGAUUCUGAUGGACAACUUAAAACAACCAGGAAGGUAUAACUCUUGCGUCGGAGAGUGUGCCUUUGUCAUUAACUACAUUGCAGGAUAUGCUGAUCUUGCAUUUUCCUUUACUGCUCCAAUCAGCAUUAUUGUCAUUUUGUACCUCAGAGUGUUUGUGGUAGCCAUGUCUCAGUCUCGAGCCAUGCGCUCUCACAUUGCAGCCGUCAAUCCCCAACAUUCAGUGACAGCUAUAAAAUCCCAGGUGAAGGCAGCAAAAACUCUUGGUCUCGUAGUGUUGGUAUUUCUGCUAUGUAUGUGCCCAUAUUAUUGUGUUGCUCUCUCAGGGAACGAUAACACUCUAAGUGCUUCAUCUGCCACAUUUGUAAUAUGUUUGUUCUACUUUAACUCCUGCUUAAACCCCAUCAUCUAUGCCUUUUUUUACCCCUGGUUCAGAAAAUCCAUUAAGCUCAUUUGUACUCUUCAGAUAUUCCAUCCUGACUCCUGUGACACCAAGCUGUAG